AUGGAAUCUGACAUGGAGAUAUCGAAACUUGAUAUUUCCAAGAACCUUCUGCAGAUGAACUUUAUGAAACGGACUCUCAUUGCACUAGAAAGGCUUAAAAAGCCAGAUAAAAGAGAGGAACUGCCCUCUGUGGCAGAUUUCCAGUUCUCAAUGCCACGAUCCGUUGUAGACGUCCUAAGUCAGCGGCUAGAAGCUAUAUCGAGGCGACCAGUAGUGCGCCACGUGCCAGGCCGCAUCGGUGUUGCAAAUUUCGGAUUGCGUGCCAGUUACGGCGGUUUCAAUUCUUACCUCUCCGAAAAAUCAAAUUCUAAUUCGACAGCUCUAGUAAAAGAAGGAGAGGAGAAAAAGAAAGGAAAAAACGUCGGAACCCGGAGAAGACCUUCUGACCACCGUUCCCCCUCCAACCGCAAGAGAAAGUCCCAUGGUAAGUCGCGUCAGUACCGGUCCAAUCACUGCAUGUUUCUCUUUGCAGCUGAGUACUCCCCUGCACCGGCUAAGAGAACUAAUAGGAAACACUCGCCAUGA